UCAAAUUAGUUUUCACAGCAAUUAUCGAUACAUUGAAUUUAGCAGUUAGAGGUGUCUUUUCCAAAUGACUCUUUUACACGCGUACAUCCUGUGUAGCUGUAAGUUCCCUGACUAGAAAAUACAUCAUUCAUGAAAUAGUAUUGUUUGGAGCGGAGCGCCGGGUGGUCUCGAAGAUUCUGUUUUGUCAAUAACGGUAGCGGUGAACCACACGUAGAAACUUUACAAACAUGGCGGCUGUUGCAGCUGCGAAGUGCCAGGAAGUUCGCGAAAUCACAAGAAUUGAGAGAAUUGGCGCGCACUCUCAUAUCCGAGGUUUAGGUUUGGACGAUAGUUUGGAACCUCGUCAUGGUAUGGUUGGUCAACUUAUGGCUCGCAGAGCCGCAGGUGUUGUCCUUGAAAUGAUUAAAGACGGUAAAAUAGCAGGUAGAGCUAUAUUGUUGGCAGGCCAACCAGGCACUGGAAAAACCGCCAUUGCCAUGGGAAUGGCACAAGCCUUGGGUAUGGACACUCCAUUUACCUCAAUGGCAGGUUCUGAAAUAUAUUCCUUGGAAAUGAGCAAAACCGAAGCUCUUACUCAGGCCAUUAGGAAAUCUAUCGGUGUCAGGAUCAAGGAGGAAACGGAAAUUAUAGAAGGUGAAGUGGUCGAAAUACAAGUGGACAGACCUGCCACAGGUGUGGGUGCUAAAGUUGGAAAGCUAACGCUGAAGACAACAGAAAUGGAAACAAUCUAUGAUCUGGGGAACAAAAUGAUUGACAGUUUGAUGAAAGAGAAAGUACAAGCUGGAGACGUAAUCACAAUAGACAAAGCCACGGGCAAGAUAAACAGGUUGGGAAGGUCAUUCACCAGAGCUCGUGACUACGACGCAACUGGUUCUCAAACUCGCUUUGUUCAGUGCCCUGAGGGUGAAUUGCAAAAACGCAAAGAGGUCGUCCAUACAGUAACGUUGCAUGAGGUUGAUGUUAUAAACAGUAGAACUCACGGAUUUCUGGCGUUGUUCUCUGGCGACACAGGAGAAAUUAAAUCGGAAGUGCGCGAUCAAAUAAACGCGAAAGUCGCCGAGUGGCGCGAGGAAGGGAAAGCAGAAAUCGUUCCAGGCGUUUUGUUCAUUGACGAGGUUCACAUGCUCGACAUCGAAUGCUUCUCGUUUCUUAAUCGAGCGCUGGAAAAUGAAAUGGCGCCGGUCGUUAUCAUGGCUACAAACAGAGGUAUUACGAGAAUCAGAGGGACAAAUUACAAAAGUCCGCAUGGUAUUCCAAUAGAUUUGUUGGAUCGUAUGAUCAUCGUCCCGACAAGUCCGUAUCAAGAAAAGGAAUUGAAAGAAAUUCUAAAGAUAAGGUGCGAAGAAGAAGAUUGUGAAAUGGCGGACGACGCUUUAACAGUUCUUACCAGAAUCGCAUUGGAAACCUCGUUGAGAUACGCGAUUCAGUUGAUUACGACUGCUUCUCUUGUUAGUCGGCGAAGAAAAAGCACGGAAGUUAAUAUCGAUGACGUGAAACGUGUCUACUCGUUGUUCCUCGAUGAAAAUAGAUCCACGCAGUUUCUCAAAGAAUAUCAGGAUGAUUUCAUGUUCAACGAAAUACGUAAGUAAAUUUUAAGAAAAAUAAAUAAGGGAUAAUGUUGGAAUCUUUACGUUUUUCAAUUUUUAUUCGUGUAAUUGUUUGUUCCAGUGGAGGAACCGAUGGAAAUAUCGUAACAAUAGAUAAAUAAAUGAUACAUUGAAACUUGGACGUUGUUCAAUAAAGGUUUGCAAUUUCUUACUUACAAAUUCCAUAAUACUAAAUGUACAUAUAAACAUUAUGUCAGAAGUGGCGCGCUAUACAUCGAAUUAAAUACAAAAAAACUUAACAAAUUCUGUUCCCAUACUUGCUACAGUUUGGUUUCGCAAUGUUUGAUUAUAUCAAUACUCGUUACGAUUAUAUCAAUAAGUUCAAAGUGACAAGAUUAAUUAUCGAGGUAAAUUAGUUUUUGGUGUGAAUUUCCCAUCAUCGCGUGAGAUGCAAGUCUUUUGCAAUUUUUUUUUUUUUUUUGAGAUUCACUUAAAAUGUCUAGCCUCGACGCAAUAAAUUUAUAUCAUCUCACCUUUGUCAGUACUACUUUGCCAUAUGAGUAA